UGUAGAAAUUAAACCAAAACAAAUCUGAAUCCAAUGCCACAAUUCUCAUCCCACUUGACUCACCCACUAAUCUCUCGCAUUAUUUUGUCAUUUCUCCUCAUCCAAUUUUCUCAUCCCCUCCCGCUCAGAUUUUUUCUCCAUUGUCCAAUUUUGAUUCGGCAGCGCAGUUGCACCAAUUGAUUGCACGUUGAAAAUUGAAGGUGAUAAGAAGACGAUUGAUCAGAAAAUUGGGGGUGAUUCGCGAUCAAUUAGGGCACGUUAAUUCAAAAGAGUUGGGGAUUUCCACAAAUCGGAAUAGUGUUUGGAUGGGGAACAAUUGCGCAGGGCCAACUACAGGGAAGAAUCCUGGAUUCUUCCAAUCCAUGACCGCCGCCGUGUGGAAGCCGAAGGAGACCCCUCCGCCUCCGGAUCAGGACUCCGGUGGCAACACCAAAAACAAGGAGAACUCCGACGUCCACAACACCCUACCAACACCGACCAAUACCACCCCCGAGGAGGAGCCUAAGAAAUCGGAUCCUCUGCCAUCGCCCAAGGUAGAGACGACCACCAACGAUAAGCCGGCCGAUGCAGCAAAACAGAACAAGCCUGCAUACGCAAAGACAGUGUCAUGUGCAGGACUACAGGUGGAGUCAGUUCUACAGCGGAAAACGGAGAAUAUGAAGGAGAAGUUUACUAUGGGGAGGAAGCUAGGACAAGGCCAGUUUGGGACGACAUUCCUGUGCGUGGAGAAGGGGACGAACAAGGAGUUUGCUUGCAAAACAAUAGCUAAGAGGAAGCUGACAACGCCCGAGGAUGUGGAGGAUGUCAGGACGGAAAUUCAGAUCAUGCACCACUUGGCAGGGCAUCCGAACAUGAUUUCUAUUGUGGGGGCUUUUGAGGAUGCUGUGGCAGUGCAUGUUAUGAUGGAGCUUUGCGCAGGUGGAGAGCUUUUCGAUAGGAUCAUCCAAAGGGGGCAUUACACUGAGAGGAAGGCGGCCGAGCUGUCUAGGAUAAUAGUUGGUGUUGUGCAAGCCUGCCAUUCCCUAGGAGUUAUGCAUAGAGACUUGAAACCUGAGAAUUUCCUAUUUGUUAAUCAGCAGGAGGAGUCGCUGCUUAAGACCAUUGAUUUUGGCCUCUCUGCUUUCUUCAAGCCAGGAGACACAUUCAAUGAUGUUGUUGGAAGCCCUUACUAUGUGGCCCCAGAGGUACUAAAGAAGCAUUAUAGCCAAGAAUGUGAUGUUUGGAGUGCGGGAGUUAUUAUCUACAUAUUGUUAUGUGGAGUUCCACCAUUUUGGGAUGAAUCGGAACAAGGAAUUUUCGAGCAGGUUUUGAAAGGCGAACUUGACUUUGUUUCGGAACCCUGGCCUAGUAUAUCCGAAAGUGCAAAGGAUCUCGUUCGGAAAAUGCUUGUACAAGACCCUAAGAAGCGGCUAACAGCUCACCAAGUUCUUUGCCAUCCAUGGGUACAAGUUGAUGGUGUUGCUCCAGAUAAGCCUCUUGAUUCAGCUGUUCUAAGUCGACUGAAGCAAUUCUCUGCGAUGAACAAAAUCAAAAAGAUUGCAAUUAGAGUUAUCGCCGAGAGCCUAUCUGAGGAGGAAAUCGCAGGAUUAAAGGAAAUGUUUAAAAUGAUCGAUGUAGACAAUAGUGGGCACAUCACACUUGAAGAACUCAAGAAAGGGCUAUCUAGAGUUGGGGCCAACCUCAAAGACUCGGAAAUAGAGAACCUAAUGCAAGCUGCUGAUUUCGACAACAGUGGCACCAUAGACUACCGGGAAUUUGUAGCAGCAAUGUUGCACCUAAACAAAGUGCAGAAAGAGGAUCACAUACACGCAGCCUUUUCGUAUUUUGACAAAGAUGGCAGCGGCUACAUCACAAGGGACGAGCUCCAGCAGGUCUGCGAGCAAUUUGGAAUAGAAGACGUCCACUUGGAUGACAUCAUCCGUGAAGCCGACAAAGACAACGAUGGCCGCAUUGAUUACAGCGAGUUCGUGUCAAUGAUGCAGGACAGUAGUUUGGGGGGCAAGGUAGUACAGAGUAGCAUAAGCAUGGGAAUGAAGAGUUCUUAGAAAAAAAACUUUUUAUUUUUCUUUUUAGUUUGUGUAAAUUUAUGUGUAGAUGCAAGAAAAGAAGUUGGAUGAAUAGAGAAUAGUGAUGAGUUGUGUGCCCUUCUUUAGAUUUUUAGGUUGAUUUUUGUUAGGUUGUUUUGCGAUUCUUGAAUUGAAAUUGUUGUCUAUAUAGUCCACAGUGUAUAAAUAUUUGGUUAAUUGGAAAAUGAUUUAAAAAAUAAUAGUAUAUUCACUA